GGCAGUAAUGCAACACUAUGGAUGCCAACUGCCGUAAAACUCCAACGAAGUAGAAGAAGAAGACCACUUCAUAGCUAAAGCAGUCUGUUUACGGUUGUUAAAUUAGAUUUGGCGGUUGUACAGUUUUCUUUUGUGACCACGCUGAAGAAGAUAUCUGGCAUGCAGGGCGUUUGCAAUAAAAACGCUUAAUUUGUUCAGUAUUUUAACAUAUUUGUUGCUCGUUGGCAGACUGACCUGUCUUUUCAGCAUCAUGGCAUCUGGAGAUAAUUCUCUCAUCAACAUGUCCUAUUGGGAGUGUGGUAAAAGGAGGAUGCGAUUCUUGUAUAUUACAAACAACAACUCGUUUAAUGUUGCUAAACCAAGCACAAACGAGGAUCAGAUGAUCCCUCUCUUUCUUGGAGCUGAUCUGUUCGCAGACACAGAUGUUCACAGUAAAAAUCAGCCCAGAUACCAUGCGAAAUAUGCUAAACGAGGAUUGGCAACCAAACUGGUUUUCCCAUCAGACUACAGAUUCCAAGGACUGCGACUCCCCUAUUCCAACAACAGUCUGUGGUUCUAUAGUGUUCAUGGAGUUUUUCGAGUGGCAUUUGAACUGUAUAGCAAACAAGAUCAGCUCUCAGUUAUGGAGUCAUUUCAGGAUGUAUGGAAAUCUCGAAUAAAUGACAACAACUUGAACAUGACCUAUCAUCUUGGUGCCCAGGAUGUUCAACCCCAAAAUGAUCAAGAUGCGCAAACAAUUUUGGAAAAUAAUACAUGUUCAUCAUACCAAGUCAAUCGACAGUUUGGCGAAGUAGAAACAAACUUCUUUCCAAUAGUCACAGAUCAGUCAGAUAUUUCAGCAGCUUCAGACCAUGACUACUGUUCCUCAGAGCAAACAAACUUAAGCCAGUCUACUUUACUUGCACAGAAACUUCGAAGCCUAGGGGAAAAAGUGAAGUUAUUUACAAGUAUUGAAGCAGAACAUUUGAAGACUGCCACAAAGGUCCUGGACUAUGUUGAAUACUGUAUUACUGGGAUGAUUGACGAGGAAAAACUGAUGGACACUGUGAUGGCCCUGUUUCAAACUCAUUUUCAGAGCUACUCCAUCUACUCAAGCAGUCUGCUGAAGGCUGUGGCAGGUUGGCUUGGCCAGCAGUUCAAUGCAGCCAACAGCACCAUUAGCCACCGGGUUGAAGGUUUUAAGGCCCAACACAUUGAGCACAUUACAAACUUGCCGCCUCCAGAGGAGCUGGCAACUGAACUUUUCCCAGAGGCAAUGCGAAAUCUUCUUACACACUGGAUGGGUCUGAGUGAUGAGGCAGAAAACUGGAAAAGACACAGCGAAUACCCCAUUUUAUUACUUAUUCUAGAAUUUGCUAAUCACAAUCUUAUCACAGGAGUAGCUCAUGUCUUGUAUUCCAGUCUAAUAUGCAAAUAAGUAUACUUCGAUGUAGGUUAUACAUUACAUAUCAUUUGGUCGCAGUUUUGUUGGUUUAUAGCCUUAAAACACAAUUGAUUCCAAAUAAAUAAAAAAAAGUCAAAUGUUUAUGUCCUUUCCACAGCUAGCUGUUGACAGAUGUAGUAUUUUGUCCUAAAAGGAAGAAAAAGACAGCAAAAAGUAUUAAAUGAAAUCUGAAUUUAAUGUUUCUGAAAAUAUUCAGGCUGAAAGUUUGAAUCCAAACACAAGAGGGCAGCAGAGCUUCACGUACUGUUCUCAUCACUGAAAAAUAAAGCACACCUGAACAUCAAGCAUUUCAAAAUUAAAUUUUGUUUGUAAUUCACUUGUAUAACAUAAUACAAUAAUAAUAAAAUAAAUCAAAUAGAAUACAUAUUCACCUGGAUCCAGUCACCAAUGGCUUACGUAGACAAUUCAGUAAUCAAAUUGCUAUGUAUCUUUUUAAAUGUAAUGUGCGUCUUUACGUGUCUCUUUAAAGAAAUGUUAUGCUAUUUUUUUAAAAGAGACAAAUAAUAUUGUCUUAUUUUAAUUGGGCAGCAACAUAUUCAGCUAUGUCUGGUAACUGACAAAUAUAUAUUUUUAUAUCAUUAGCAUAUAUAAAAAAUAUUAUUAAUCAUUAAUUAAAUCAAACUCAUAAGGUUCUACAAAUGAAUUUCUAUGCCUUUUUUGGGGUAAUGAUAUUCAACCAUAUACACUUAUACCUGUUACCUGAAGUAUAUAAGUUUCUUAUCAUGUGGAUAACAUUACAGUAUUAGUCUUUUUCUGUCAUUUACUGAUAUAAACGUCUAAUCAUUUAGGCAUUGCUGUAACUCUUCUAGCAUUCAGCUCAUAUUUCAUUUUCCUUGAUCAAACUGUUGUGGUGUUAUGGCUUUCAGUUGUCGCAUCCUCUAUGCGUCCUCAGAACACCCACUUGUCUAUGAGUCAAGUUUUGUUAAAUCUGAACAUACACUAGUCAACAUUUGAAGUUGUCCCAAAACCAAAAUGUGUUUCUUUAACAAUUCAUGCAUAACAUGUAAGUCUGUUAUUAGUCAAUGUUGUCAUUAAUGAAAUGUCAUCCUUCAUGGCUUUUGACGGUCUACAGA